AUGACGAGGAUAUGCGAUCUUCCGCCGGAAUUGGUAGGGAAGAUAUUCACCAAGAUUCCGAUAACAUCUCUGGGAUCAGUCCGAUCCACUUGCAAAUUAUGGAAAGCUUUACCCAAAGAGUGGGUUUUGGGUGAAGCAGCGACAAGACAGCAGUGUGUGGGGUUCAUGAAGAAUGAGUCUAAGGUUUGUUCAUUAAGAUUCGAUGUCCAAGGAAUCCGCAAGGGCGAGGACGAGUUGGUGGAUCGUGUAUCUGUAAAGCAGGUUCUCAAGGUCACUCCCGACUGGGAAAUACUGAUUUAUCAAGGCUGCGUGUCUGCCAAGGGAAAUACCUAUUUUCAUGCUACAGAAAGAGAUGGAUUAAAAAUCGAAGGUAUCUUGUUUUGUUUUGAUUUCACAAGAGAGAGCUUUGGACCGCGUCUGCCUUUUCCGUGUGAUGAAGAUGAAGUGCCUUGCUGUUAUGAUGAAGUGACAGUGACCCUCUCAUGUGUUCGAGAAGAGCAGCUCGCUGUGCUAUAUCGGAUGAAUUAUAGGGAAAAAUUGGAGAUUUGGGUUACCAUUAUGAUUGAGCCCAACGCUUUGUCUUGGAGCAAGUUUUUAAUAGUGGAUUUAAGCCAACACAUUACCCGUGAUGCUCGGUUUAACGAGGGAGUUGGAGCCUUCUUCAUUGACGAGGGAGUUGGAGCCUUCUUCAUUGACGUGGAAGAGAACGUCGCUGUGUUUUUCGUUUUACGCGGAUUUAUACCCACAAAGACCGCUGAAUACCCCACAGCCUUUAUCAGUGGACGAGAUGGAUACUUAAAAACCGUGAGUUUCAGAGGCACUCCCAGUAUAGAGGAACCUGGCAAGAGAAUAUUUUACCCCCCGCUCGAGUACUCUUCUUCUUAUCUUCCAAGUUUAGUGCAAAUACAACCAACCACACGCAAAACGAAGAAAAAAGAUGAUUAA